CACGAACAACACCAGCCAAGGCAGCACACAUGCGUUUACGGGUGAAGCCCUCAAAUGUCAUUGACGAUGGCUGAAGAAGACUCAAGACGUGCAAAUGAUAGUCAGGACAAGCCUACAGACAACGAUGAUCAGUACAGACCUUCGGAGCAAACUAGACCCGCACGCCAUCCCGCCACUGUGCGACGCUACAAGGAAAAUAUCAGCGUAUCAGCGCUUCGCCUUCACCUCCUCUUAAUAUCCUUUGGUACGGGACUUCUUGAUGCCGCGACCUACUCAGAUCUUGGCAUCUUUGCAUCCAACCAGACAGGCAAUACCAUCAUCCUCCUAGUCGAAGCAAUCAACCGUGCCAAUCGCUCCUCCAAUACGUCACCCUCAAACGCAGACGUCCUCUCCGUGGGCAUCAGCCUCGCCUCGUUCCUCAGCUUCGGUCUCCUCUUCGGCCAGAUAGGCGUCUCACGCUUCGUUGGGCCUCGCACCCGAGGCUGGCUCAUCUUCUCCACAUUCGUGCAGGCCGCCUUUCUCUUCAUUGCUUCCCUCCUCGUCCAGGUUGGAGUGCUCAAAGUCGGCGCUGAUCAGCGGGACAACCAGACGAGUGCGACUCUCACCGUCUUCCUGCUGGCGGCAAGCGCGGGCGUCCAAGUCGCAAUGGCCAAGAGCGUCAAUGUCAAGGAGAUCCCCACGGCGAUGCUGACCUCGCCUUAUGUAGAUACCCUCAUCGACAAAAGCUUAUUUGCCUUCAGGAUCAGAGGCAAGGACGUGGCCAGCCGUAACGUACGACUGGGCUACUUUGCCUUCUUUGCUUCGGGUACCGUGGUUGGAGCCGCGGCGAGGGCGUACAGUGGGACGGCCACCGUGCUGUGGAUUUCCUUCGCCUUGCGUAGUGCCAACCUGUUCUACAUUUUGGUGGCUCCAGGUCAUACAGAGAGACACGGGAAGAAGGAUGAGAAGGAGGAAGGUGAACAUAGGCUCGAGGAGAAGGCGACGACAGACCCAGGCGACUCAGGUAGAGCAAAGGGUAGGCGUAAUGAUCAAGGACCCUAGAGGGCUUGGGUCGUGAAAUGUGCACCGAGUAUACCAUAGACAACAGAGCACGCUUCAUCAAUGCAGCAUUUUCCUACA